AUUAUCACAAUUUUGAAAAACCAGGUGCAACCAAAACGGAACCGUAUGGAGAUGGGAGGGUUAGAUCUUUCUUUGGAAGAAAUCUAAAUUUUGUUUGGCCCUACACCAUCUUCAAUACGUUUAACCCCUCAUUCGAUAUUUCCACUGCGUAAAUAGUCCAGCUUUUAAAAUCUCAUUGUACCGUAAGCCUGGAGCGUCACUGUUAGGUGCCCACUUUUCCAGGAAUUUUGAGAUAUGCAAUCAAAGAUCAAAUUAUACCUACUUAAUGAAUGUCCAAUAGUUCAACUUUCCCAGUUAAAGACCGCACAACCUAAUCUAAUCGGCGGUAAUUUUAUCAAGCUUACGUAAAACCAAAAACGUCCAGCUCUACUCGUUUAAAGCUAGCGUUCGGAAAUGGACACCAAACGAGAGAAACAAGAACUGUUAAUCUCCAUCGACAAGUACGGGUCUUUCGAGUCUGCCAAUGGAAGUACUCAAACUGAAAGGAUCACCUUCACAUGGAAUAACAUUAACGUUUUCGUGACGAAAGGGCCUCGACGUGACACGGGGAGAUUUUUCGAAUUUAUUCGUCGCAGAAACGAAACCGGCAUACAUCCAGAGGCGAAGCAGAUACUUAAAAAUGUUAACGGGAUCGCUCGCCCCGGGGAAGUGUUGGCAAUAAUGGGUGCGAGUGGAGCAGGUAAAACCACCCUAAUGAACGUGCUAACGUCCCAGUCGGCGCCCAACAUGUUAAUUACGGGAGUGUGCUGCGCCAAUGGGGUUCCGAUUGAUUCAAAUCUACGCAGGAAAUGCGCAUAUGUUCAGCAGGAAGACUUAUUCAUUGGAACUUUGUCGGUUAAGGAACACUUGAUUUUCCAAGCGCUACUUCGCAUGGACCGAAAGAUUCCGAACAAAGAACGGAUGAAACGAGUCGAUGAAGUCAUAAGAGCUCUCGGCCUGAGCAAGUGCGAGAAUACCAAAAUAGGCAUUCAAGGAAGGAUCAAAGGUAUUUCGGGGGGUGAGAUGAAGAGGUUGUCGUUCGCCUCCGAGGUUAUCACGAAUCCGUCUAUAAUGUUUUGUGAUGAGCCGACAUCGGGUUUAGACUCGUUUAUGGCGUUGAACAUAGUGCAGGCGUUAAAGGAGCUCGCUCAGUCUGGCAAGACGAUUAUUUGCACGAUCCAUCAACCUUCGUCUGACUUAUACGCAAUGUUCGACAAACUUAUGCUCGUUGCCGAAGGACGUGUUGCCUUUUUGGGUUCGCCGAGGCAAGCCGAAUCGUUCUUCGCAUCUUUGGACGUUCCCUGCCCAACAAACUUCAAUCCGGCCGACUACUUCCUGGAGCUUCUGGCCAUUGCACCGGGACGAGAGCAAGCAUGUAGGGACGCUGUUCAGACGAUUUGUGACAAAUUUGCGCAGUCCGAGCUUGGCACGUCAAUUGCCCGUGAGACCGACAUAGAAAUUGGGGAGUACACAGUUGAAGAUUAUCCCAGAGGCGUACGCGAAGAGAGCCCGUACAAAUCUUCUUGGUGUACUCAAUUGCGCGUGCUCUUGUGGAGGUCUUGGUUGAGCGAUAUGAGAGACCCUUUGAUAAUAAGGAUGAGAGUGGGUCAAGUUAUUAUAACCGAGCUUAUAGUUGUACUGGUUUACUACGGACAGUCGUUAACCAAGGAUGGCGUGAGAAAUAUCAAUGGCGCCAUCUACCUGAUAUUAAUCAACUUAGCGCUCCAGCACUUAUUCAACACUCUUUAUGUAUUUUGCAACCCACUUCCGUUAUUUCUACGCGAACACAAGAACGGAAUGUACAGGGUGGACACCUUCUUCUUAAGCAAGAACAUAACGGACUUGCCCCUUUUUGUUCUUACACCUUUGAUUAUUAUGUUCAUUUCCUACUACGCCGUCGGCUUCAACCCGGACGUAUCUAAAUUGUUCAUCGCCGUUGGUAUUACUUUUCUAGUGGCAAACGCUUCGGUUAGCCUCGGUUACAUGAUUUCCUGCUUGUGCAACACGGGGGCGUCGGCUUUGACUGUAGCUACAACGUUGCAAAUACCCGUGCAACUCUUCUCUGGAUAUUUGAUUAAUUUCGAUGCAAUACCGAGGUAUCUCCGAUGGUUAUCGUAUAUCUCAUGGAUGCGCUACAGUUUCGAAAGUAUAAUGGUGAAUCAAUGGACCGGGAUUAAUUACAUUAAUUGCACCGGAACUCAGGGAUGUGCGCAUAGCGGCCAUGAAGUCUUGCAGAGCUACCAUUUGUACGAGGAAAAUUUGGAUUUAGACGUUGGGCUUAUUGUCGUUUUACUAGUUGUGUACAGAUUAAUUGGAUAUCUUGCGUUGUAUACUAAAGCGUCAACCUAAAUGUAGCAAAUGUAUUAAUACCCUUUUAGUUAUUUCAGAAUAAGGAAAUCAAUUACAAGAAGAACCAGCUUGCGAAAGCGACGACAGUCGGUGGCAACCUGGAUGUGGCGGACGGCGGCACGGUACGGAAAUCUCGAGCGCCACCAGGAAGUUUCAACCCCUGCUUUUGCCCAAGCGCGGCGAUUUCGGAAUGAAACUUCGAAACCCACGGCUGUCGGAUGGUACAUAUCGGCAGUUGGCUUCCUUAUCAACGGUUACAGGGCUCUACACAUUUUAACAUUACUUUUACCGUCUAUUUCUCACUCUUAGAAGAAAUAAAUUUGGAAUGUAGGGUGCGUUCAUUAA